CGCAGCGGAAGAGCUGAAGGAGCGUUAAUGAGAUCCUGCCCGGUCAGAGUCAAAGAGAUGCAAUUUUAAGUUACAGUUGUUCAGGAUUCAUAUUCGGAUUAGUAAUCUCGAAAUCCUGGACUGUAUUGCAACCAAACUUUAGUGGAUUAUUGCUCUGGUAACAAUGGGCUUGAAGCGACUGCGCGUAAAGACGCCGGAGAGAACAGUCUUUUCCAUCCGCUCGACUCUCGGUAUCAUCGGGCUUUUGGCCACUCUCUCUCGGCCUGUGUGCGAGGCGUUCAACCUGGACGUGGAGAACCCAGCUGUUUAUAGCGGACCCGAGGGAAGCUACUUCGGAUAUGCUGUUGACUUUUAUAUGUCUGAAUCUGCCAGUGCAAGUGUGGUUAUUGGAGCCCCCAAAGCCAACACGAGCCAGGACAAUGUUACAGAGGGAGGGUCUGUGUUCUACUGUCCAUGGAGCGUUAGCCAAUCGAACUGUCACACCAUUGAAUUCGAUCCAGAAGGAGACCGCAGUACCCAGCUUAAUAACAAAUUGUACCAGAUUGAUUUCAAGUCCCACCAGUGGUUUGGUGCCACAGUGCGUUCUCACGGUGACACAAUUCUGGCUUGCGCCCCUCUUUACUACUGGCGGACGAAAAAGGAUGAAACCCACUCUGAUGCCACAGGAACCUGCUACCUCUCAGUUCAGAACUUCACCAAAUUUGUGGAGUAUGCUCCCUGUCGGACAGAAGUCAGUGGUCCAGAGGGACAGGGUUAUUGUCAGGGAGGAUUCAGUGCUGACUUUACAAUGGAUGGCAGAGUGGUUCUGGGUGGACCCGGCAGCUACUUCUGGCAGGGUCAGGUGAUCUCUGCAGCUACAGAAGACAUUAUCAAAUCCUACUAUCCAGGCUAUUUCAUGCAGGGAGUAAAGGGUGAAGUUCAGACCAAACAUGUCUGGGCUGUACACGAUGACAGCUACCAAGGUUACUCUGUCGCUGUUGGGGAAUUCAGUGGUGAUCAGGUGGAAGAUUUUGUAACUGGGGUUCCAAAACGACUUCUGCUUCAUGGUUUGGUCUCCAUUUUGAAUGGUUCAGAUCUGACCACCUUGAUGGAUUUAACUGGUGAGCAGAUGGGGUCGUAUUUUGGCUAUGCACUGGCAACAACUGACAUCAACAGUGAUGGGAUGGUUGAUCUGUUGGUGGGAGCUCCCAUGUUCAUGGUCCGAGGCUCUGAUGGUCGUCUGGAAGAGAUGGGUCGGGUUUAUGUUUACCUACAGCGCAGCCCUUUAAACAUGGAUCUCCGUAAACCUACCCUGACAGGCAGCGAGGUUUUUGGGAGAUUUGGCAGCACCAUUGCACCUCUAGGAGAUUUGAACCAGGAUGGUUUCAAUGAUGUGGCUAUAAGCUGUCCCUUUGGAGGUGAUGAUCGGCAGGGACUGGUCUACAUCUACAACGGAUACUUUGAAGGCCUCAGGGAAAAGCCAUCUCAGGUGAUUGUAGGCCAAUGGGCUGCUGGUGCUUUUCCUGCUAGCUUUGGAUUUGCCCUCAGAGGUGCUCAGGAUCUGGACAUGAAUGGAUACCCUGAUCUCAUUGUUGGAGCUUUUGGUGUUAAUAAGGCAGUUCUCUAUAGAUCUCGGCCAAUUGUCACCACGAGCGCCUCUCUGGUAGUUUCUCCCACAAUGAUCAACCCUGAAGAGAAGACCUGCCUGAUCACCAAUGGAAACUCCAGCAUUCCUGUUUCCUGCGUCAAUCUGAGUUACUGCAUAUCUGCUGACGGGAAACACCUACCGGCCAAUCUAGACUUUCAGGUGGAGGUGCAGCUUGACAGCCACAAGCAGAAAGGUGUUGUGAAAAGGGCUCUGUUCUUGGAUUCCCAGCAGCCUUUGCUCCAGAAAACUGUGAGGGUUCGCCAUGGGGAACGUCUGUGCAACCACACAAAGAUCUAUAUAAAAGAUGAGAAAGAAUUCAGGGAUAAACUGUCCUCCAUUUUUGUGGCCUUGAACUUCAGCUUGGACCCAAAAGCUGCCACCGACUCCCGUGGCCUGCGGCCCAUCCUCAACUACCAGACCACCAACGUUAUUGAGCAGAAGGUUCAGAUUCUGUUGGACUGCGGAGAGGAUAACGUCUGUGUUCCUGACUUAAAGCUGGCAGUCCAUAGUGACAGGAAGGAAGUCUAUCUUGGCGAUGACAACUCGCUGACCUUAACUUUCAACGCCAGGAACGAGGGAGAGGGAGGAGCGUACGAGGCAGAGCUGUAUGUUGCGUUGCCCCCUGAGGCAGAUUACAGCGGUAUUGCCCGUAACAAUGAGAGCCUCACCCAACUUACCUGUAGCUACGAGACUGAGAACCAGACCAGAUACCUCAGCUGUGAUCUGGGCAACCCAAUGAAGGCAGGCACCAAUCUUUGGGCGGGUCUUCGUUUCACGGUGCCACGUCUCAAGGACACCCACAAAACUGUCCAGUUUUACCUGCAGAUACGCAGUAAAAAUGAGAAUAACUCCCAAAGUGAAGCUGUCUACUACAACCCGGAGGUGGUGGUCCAGGCUGAUGUCAUCCUGCAGGGUGUGUCUCGGCCAGAUAAGGUCUUCUUUCCACCAGCCAACUGGAAAGUGCCCAAAAACUACGGGGUGGAACAGGAUGUCGGGCCUGCUGUGGAACACAUUUAUGAGCUUGUCAACAAUGGCCCCAGUCGGAUCAGUAGCACCUUACUGGAGCUGCGCUGCCCUCUCCGCAUCCAGGGUCGCUCUCUCCUCUACCCGCUUGAGCUCUUCACAGAAGGUCCCAUCAACUGCACCACGGACAAAAACAUGAACCACCUUAAACUCAAACUCCAGCACAUAUCCACAGAGUCUCCCAUUCUGGCACUGAAGGCUGAUGAGCAUCAUGUUGAGAAGAGGGAUGUCCACAAGACCCAGCUCGCUCAUUUGACGAACCUGUCUUGCUCCAAUGUAGAGUGCUGGACGCUCCAGUGCAACGUGGGUCUCCUGGAGAAGGGAACCACCGCAAUCCUCAAAAUGCGCUCACGCGUCUGGGCUGAGACCUUCACUGAGAGAGCUUACAAGCAAUAUGUGAUGGAAUGUCUGGCUAGAUUCAAUGUAAAAAAGAUGCCAUAUGUAAUUCCACCCAAACACUAUCCAAGUGGUCAGAAAAAGGUGGUGACCCCAAUAGUUUGGAACAAGCCAGACAUUGAAAACUCAGUCCCUCUGUGGAUCAUCGUCUUGGCCAUCCUGGCCGGUUUACUGCUUCUGGCUCUCCUUAUCUACGUCCUUUACAGGUUUGGCUUCUUCAAGCGAUCUCUACCUUACGGCACUGCCAUGGAGAAAGCCCAACUCAAACCACAGGCUGCCUCUGAGGCCUAACUGACUGACUGAACUACCAGAACCACAAUAUCUGGCCCAAUGAUUGCGAUGGAGAAACACAACGGAACAUGUGGCGUGGAUCAGAGUUGCGUGAACAAGAGACUACUGGAACUCCGCUGUGCUGCACUAGAGGAAGACAAAAACCCAAGAAUCUACAAGCCAAAUGAAUGUUUUUUUAUUUAUAUCUCUUUUUUUUUUUACCCUGUUGGGAUUGUCGUCAAACAGAACUUAUCUCUGUGCCUAAAAACAAAUCUUAGACUAUAGAGCAAAAACAAGCACACAGGCUGUCAUUGUCCUGUGCAUACAGGAACAUGUUAGGUUUACUUUUGAAGAUGUCUGUGAUGAAGACCUGUUUAGCUGCUUCAUAUUGGUGCUAAUGAUUGGAUAUGUUUGCUGCCUUCAAGAGAGGAUUGUUUUUCAGGUUGAAAACUGAUUAGCAGGAUCCAGGGUGCAUUACAUUUAAAGAUACAUGAUAACCUGUGUAAAAGCUAAAAUGAAUUGUUAGACCCUGUUUUUACACCUUAAACUGUGCGAGCCGUUGCCGUUUUCCAGCUCAGUUCUCGCUGGGGUGCAUCCCCGCUACUAUGCAACCCCUGAACAGGAAAAGCGGGUAUUAAAAAUGCUUUAGAUGGAUGUUUCUCAGCUGUACAUGGAAGUGAUCACUUUCUGCCUCAGGUUGGUGGACAGUGUUUGUAUUUUUUAUUUUUUUGCACUCAAAGGAGAUCUACUGAUAUUUUUUUCCAAAUACACCAAAGACUGACUGAACUUCCUUUGAGAUUUGACUUUGACUCCUACUGAUCACUUUGUCCAAGUCCUGUAUGUGUUUUCAGGCUGCCAUUGUUGGCAUAGUGGCGUUAGUUAACUGGGAUGGGACUGGAACCACCACAGACCUGUGGAACCUCAUGUUGAAGCAGCGUGGUCCUCUCUUGUCUUCUGCUUGGGUUGUGAUGCUUAUAGGGUAAAGCACAUCAGAGUUGUUGGCCAUGGUAGCAUGUUGAAAACUGAAAAAGACAGGACAGACAGCCUUGAUGUAGCCCUGGCAGGAGGCUGAAGAACGAUGGAUCCUAUUUCAGCUUACAGUGUGUUGCUGAAUCAGAUACUGUAUUUUUCUUUUUUUUUAAAUGAGUAAAAUGAAUGAGACACAGCUGACAUAAUCCCACUACCAAAAAAAGGCUACAGGGACUGAACAAUAUAAUUCAUUGUAUUUGUUUCUUUUGUCAUAUACAGGCACAUCUUAAUAAAUUGAAAUAUCAGCAAAAAGUACAUUUAUUUCAGCAAUUUGGUUUAAAACAUGAUACUCGUAAAGAUGUAUUAUUUUAUUUCACAACCCUCUCAGGGCUACUAAAUGCAACACUCUGUGAACAGCCACCUUUUUUUUUUAAUCAAUGACUGUGGCUUACCCUCCAUGUGGAGAGUGUCAGUGUUAGCUAAGCAUCCUCAAUGUUCAGCAGUCUUCCUCAUAAUUGCAUAGACUAUGGCAUGGCUAUAAGAUAACAUUUCUCUAGUAAUAAUGUUUUUUUAUUUAUUAGUCUUAUGUAAUGUGCAAAUUUUCUGAAAAAUAUAAUAAUCAUCAAAAUUAACAGAAAUUACUCCUUUAAAUAUAUCACUGCUUUUUACUUUUAAAAUUGAAUUAAAUAAAUUGCUGAUAUUUAAAUUUAUUAAGAUGGACCUUCGCGCAGGUUUAUGUGCCUUAAUGUAAAUACUUCAUGUCUGUGGGUUAGCGUUAGGGUUGCUUGUGUGUACGUGUGACGCCAUGUGUUCAUGGUUUUGUGAGAAUGAUAUAUUUAAGUUUUUUUGUUCAUGAGUGUUUAUGGUUAUUACCUUUCCCACUGCCUAGUCCUUUGUAGCUUGAGAUAAUUGGGGUAACAGUUUGUAUUAAUAUUAAACAUAACAGCAUAAAUACCUCAAACAAAGGGAUAACAACUAGGCACUGGGAACUACACAAUGUUUGGAAGUGCAAUAUUUAUAUUCACUCUUUUUAAUGUAUCACUGCUUUUAUUUGAUGUCUGUUUUAAAUCAGAAAUUGAGGACGUAGACUAAAUCCCUUGUUGGUUUCUGUUUGUUUUUAUGUUUAACUUGCUUUGUCACUGCUAAUAGAGUGGAAUCUAAAAAGACUUUCCCCAACUCCUGAUAUACUCAUCACUUCACUGGACUGCUCUGAACUUCCUUCACUAUCCCACAGAUUUUUAUAACACAGGUUGAUGCUGAAACAAAGCCACCAUUAGCAUGCUUGAAUAGGCUUGCAUAGUUUGAUCAUUUACAUGCUUUGCUUUUGCAGCUGUUCAAACACAACCGUUUCAGUUAACAUGUGUUGAACACAUUUUUCCCUCACUAGACUCAUAAUGCAUCCUGAUCAGAGGGUGAUUUAUGUCCACCUGGACUAGAAAAGCUCCAUUAGUUAUGGACCUAAAACCUUCAUCUUAGACAUUCUUUUUUGAAAUUUAUUUCCUUAAAUUUGUCUAAGACAGGACCAUUCUACGUUGUCCUCCAUUGUUACUUCAGGAGAAGGCACUGGUAAUUAUUUUAUUUUUUUAUGUCUUCAUCCACUUUCUCUCUCCAGGACAUUCUAAAAUAAGUUGUACAUAUUUGUGACAAGGAGAGUUUUGACUGAUUGGUUGAGAAAUUUCUCACCCCAUAUUGGGGAGACUUUUUUUGUGCCAGGUGGAAGGUCUGUUUUUACCUGCUUUGGUUUGUACUUUAAAUAAUAAAAAAAAAAUAAUUUAAAA